CAAUCAGUACAAUUAAUUAGGUCAGUGAAUCUAGUCGGAGAAUCAGGGCGGGACAGGAUUGUCGCAGUGUAAGCGCGAGCCGUGUGGAGGAGGCGUAGACAGAAGGAAAACGAUUAAAGUCUGACGCACGGGAACAGACAAAGUAAAUGAUCAAUGUAGCGAGUGGGCGGGCGAGCCUCGCUGAAGGAGUGGGUAGAUGGAGUAGACGCCAGUCAGUUCCACUUCCCACUUGCCGACUGAAAUGAAGGUUCAGCAGAGCGGUCACCCAAACUGCGUCUCGUUUGUCUACUGUCGCGGAGAACACGCGGUGUGUGGGAUACGCGGUUAAUAAAUCGCAUGCAGAGCUGUAUCGCUUCGCGUGGGAUUAGGGGAGAGGAGGGGAGGGGAGCCAAAAUGGCGGAUACGUUCAAAUAGUCCGUUGUAACACAAAAGGUUGCCCGAUAACAAACAAUGUUGUUAGAGAUAAUGUUGCUGUGAGUGUGAAUUGUGUACUGGAGCCGGACUUGACCGCUUCCCCUGUUGUAGGGACCCCCCCUGACCCGGCGGUGCGCAGCUGAAAGGACAUCAUUGGAAGUCAGGACAUUGAGCUUGACCGAAGUCACGGAGGGAGGCCAGGUGAGUGUACAUUUAUAAGCGGCAUUUAAUAUAUCCGCGAAUGUUCCCAUGGACAAUGAAUGUACGAGUCACAUGUAAAUUUAAUCAGGGACGCGGUGUUUUAAGUAUAAUCACAUCAUUUUGCCAAUUUUUAAUAAAUACCCACAACUACUGGGGUUUCAACGAACGCAGCAGUUCUGGGAAGAACGAUUUCAUAUCAUUUGAUUGAUGUAGUUAGUCUGCUAAGGUAGAACAUGACACCCAAUGCUGGAGUAUCUCAGUGGGUCAGGCAGCAUCACUGGACAAAAGGUAGAUGGAGUAGACGCCAGUCAGCUGUCCAGAGCUGUUUCCCGACCCAGCAUCAGCAGUUAUUUCCUACAUAAAGUGAACCGCGAGUUGUGUAGGAACGAACUGCAAAUUCUGGUUUAAAUCGAAUGUAGAUCGCAAUAUGCUGAAGUAACUCAGCGGGACAGACAGCAUCUCUGGAGAGAAGGAAUGGGUGACGUUUCUGGUCGAGACCAUUCUUCAGAUAGUAUCUGACCCGUCGAAAGAAGCUGUUCAAAUUGAUCUCACAGAACUGUUCUCGACGCAAAUGUGCCAACAUAAAUGUUUAUACAGGGUUCUCAAGACAACUUUUGCAAACACGCAUAAUCUACUGAUUAUUCUCUAACUUCAAUUAAACCUUGCUGUCCCUCUCUCUCCGUGCCUCUCCCUUCCUAGAUCUCCGACCACUCUGAUUGUCCACAGAUUAGAUUUUAUCACUGUUUACUUCGUAGUCACCUUCUCCUAGCUAACAGUGAUCUUUUCUACAUUUUCCUUGAGCUUUAUCCCCUUUGAUUUCUCGUUGUUAAAUUUUACUCUUCCUUAUCUUUGUAUCCUCCUCUCCCCGGACUCUCAUUCUGAAGACGGUCUCGAUGCGAAACGUCACCCUGUUCCUUCUACCCGGAGAUGCUGCCUGGCCCGCUGAGUUACUCCAACUUUCUAUCUUGGGUGUAAACCAGCACCUGCAGUUCCUACGUACACAUCUGUAUGCAGUUCCUUCCACACUGGAGCACACUAUGACUCUAUGGCUCUAUGACAUCUAUUGAUACUAUUCGAUUUGGAAAUUAGUGUGAUAUUGUCCCCUCCCGGCCGUUCUCACGGGUCCAUGGCCGCGCUGAUGUCGCUCAUUGUCGUGUGCAGGCCCCGAAAACGCUCCUUGUUGUCGACCAAAUGUUACGUCAAUUUAGAAAGAUCUACAGCAUGAACCUGGCCUCGGUCACAUGGCUCCAGGACAAGGUGGAGAAUUUCAGGCUUCUCCUGGAUAGGCAGAUCAGAGAGCUGAAAAACUGUGUGAGGAAGAAAGGCUCCGAGACCCGGCCACAGAGAAGCGCCGCGAUUCACAACUACUUCAAGAAACUCCGCAAGUUUCUUAAACGGAAGAAAUUCAGCGCCUGCGCCUGGGAAGUAACGCGCGCCGAGACCAGGGCGUGUUUACAACAAUUGCCUCUAGUAAUGACAAGAAUCCGGGCCCGUACGAAGCUUUUCAAAAAGGGGGGUGGCAUGAUAGAUUACAAUAAUUUUAUGUGAAAUAAUGUGCGCGCAGCGCGAAGACCCUUGUGCCCGGGGUCCAGGUCCCGCCCAGGAAGCUCUGGGGUUUUAGAUGCUCUCUGGUGCAUUCCGAGCCUUAUCUUGGAGCAUUUUUGCACCAAAUAUAUGACCAAUAUUUCAGAACUAAUUUUGUGCGUGUCAAGAGUAAUAAGUGGGUGGAAUAGGGUGAUUGGGCUCAUUGCUGUAUACAUUUAAAAAAAUCAAGAAUUGAAGGUCCUUGUUUUAAUAAUCAAGUUGUACUGUUGUAAAAUGUUAUGUAAAUUGUUAUAAAGGAGCAUGCAAAUAAAAUACUGUAAGUUUUUGCAGUAAAGAAAACCUCUUGCACGAAAACGAACGAGUCAUCUUAACCACCCCCCAACUAUUGGCCGCUGUCCCAUUCACCUUCGGUCCCGUCAACAUAAUUUAGCCAGCGGUAGAGUUGCUACCUUACAGCUUCAGAGAGCCGGCUUCGUUCCUGGCCACGGGUACUGUCUUUACGGAGUUUGUACGUUCCCUCGUGACCCAUGUGGUUUUUCUCCACGUACUCCGGUUUCCUCCCACACCCCAAAGACGUAGGAUAAUUGGCUUGGGAUAGUUGUAGAUUGUCUCUAGUGUGUGUGCGAUAGUCGUAGUGUGCAGGGCUCUUUGGUCGGCGUCGACUUGGUAGGCCGAAGGGCCUGAUUCCACGUUGUGUCUCUAAAGUAAACUGAAUAAGCUCUGCACCCUGUAUACUGCAUACUUUAACUGUAAGUCUGACACAUGAAUCAUACAGAAAUAUUCAGAUGACGCAGCGAUUGUGGCAUGCGAAAGGAACGUGCAAUAGGAGGAAUACAGGAACUUGACCAGUGCCUUCUGUGUCUGGAGUAAAGAUAACUGUCUCAUCCUGAACACAGCUAAGACUAAAGAGAUUGUGAUUAACUUUGGCAGGUCCAAGCUCCACCUUCAGCCGGUCAGCGCUGCAGGGGCUGAUAUUGAGGUGGUGCAGACAUAUAUAUACCUUGGAGUGCACCUGGAUAACAAACUGGACUGGUCUGUUAAAUCUGACGCCCUCUACAAAAAAGGCCAAAGCAGACACUUUUUCCUCAGAAGGCUCAAAUCCUUCAAUGUGCGUAAUGAUAUGCUGUAUGUUUUACAACACUGUUGUUGCAAGUGUUGUUUUCUAUGCUGUUGUCUGCUGGGGCAACAGCAUUAGUGCAAAGACCAACAAAAAGCUGGACAAACUGGUUAAACGUGCUAGCUCAGUGCUGGAGGGGAGAGUGGACUCUGGGAUGGAUGUGCUUGAGAGGCGCAAGGUGCAGGUCAUCCUGAAAAACCCCGGUAAUUCUGGAGGGUCAAAAUAACACUCAGAACAACAACUGGCUCCUCUCCCUGCCUUGUAGAACGGAGCGGUUCAGGAGGUCCUUCACCCCUGCAGACAUUGGAUUUUAUAAUUCGGACCGCUAGGCUGUAGGGGGAUGCAUUUUUGCAUUUUGUAUUUUUAAUUGUUAAUUUUUGGUCUUUUAAAGUAUUUAUUGCUCUCAGGUAGUGUCCACAUUGUCUAUAUUACUAAAAGUAAGAUCUUGACCCUGUUUUUCUGUUUCGUGAUUUUGGAAAAAAAACAC